AUGGCCAAAGAACCAGCUCUGGCUGAAGCUGCACGUCUAUUGUCACAAGCGGCAUCUAGCCUUAUAACAAACAACAGGCCGGCGAGAGCGAGGGAUGAAUUUCGGCGGCUGUUUGCACCGUAUAAUCAAGCAAAUGCGUCCACCUCUCGUUCCGUUCCAUUGAAUGGCAAUAUACCCCAACGAAGAGCAUCUACAAAUCAUCAUGCAAAAGCACCGAAAAGAAGAAAAUCAGUGAAAGAAAUAUCAAUAAAGUUUUUCUGUCUUGCGAGCACCACCCAGCGAGAUGUUCCGAAUAAUGAUGAAAAGCAACAGUUGCUCGUCGCUGGACUUGGCGAAAUGAAGGUAACCCUACAAGCAGACUCAACUUCGUCUGAUGUUGUGGCUGCACUAAAGGAAACAUACCCAAAGUUGACCGAUGGUGGUGGAUAUGAAUUUAUGUACGCAAAAGCCAGUUCUCGUCAGCUUUCCGUUAUAGAUGAGGGAGAAAAUGGGUAUACCAUUGAGUUUCUCAAACAGUUUGUCGAACAAGGACGAGUAUAUAUUCGCCCAAUACACUGCGAUCUUGACUUAAAAGCUAUGGUUAAAGCCAAAGAUCAAGGAGAAAUUAUAGAAGAAAUCUGUAAUCAUUAUAUGAAUAUAUUCCCCAUGAAUAAGUUGAGGGAACAUCUUAACUUGUGUCCUGAAAAUAAUACGACAACAACGGCAACUACCUCGAGAAAUACCAGGUAAGCUUACACUACAGAUUAACGAUAAACAGCUCUUAUCCACGUGUCAAUUCCAUGAGUAACCAUGCCCCCCCCCCCCUCCUGUAAUAUACCUGGACAUUAGCAAUUUUUUGGGAGGAAAAAGGGACAUCAGGAGGAAAUGUAUGCCCCCCCCCCGGACAAUCAUUAGAUGGCAAAAAGUAACAAUACACUGUUACUGAACAAGUUUAAUACCAGAAGAUUUUUGAUAAUUGCGUUUUUUCGCUAGUGUCAAAUGUUUGGGGUCUUUUAGCCGCCAAACAAUGCCCGAUCCCUAACCUGUGUGCAAAUUCACGGCCCCAGGAAUGGUGUGCCUAGCAAAUGCCCGGCAAUGUCCCAGGGAGGAGGAUGCUUACUCAUGGAAUUGACUCAUGCAUUAUUUAGAAAGAUGUCUCUCCUCCAACCUCCCCCCACCAAUAUCAAAUUGCUUCUUAUGCCACUCGUCAAAAUGGGAGUUUACUUAAAUUUACUAUUACAGUUGAUUUCAUAUAUCUUUUCCCUGAAUGUUGCGAACUUCAUUUGGAACUUCGUUGUGAAGUUCAAAAGUUCAUACUGAAAUUCACAAGCCGGUUUGUAAACAAAACCUCUGAUUGAUCCCUGUACAAAAAUAAGCCAAUCAGAGGCUUUGUUUACAAGCUGGCUUGUGGAUUUCAGUAUGAACUUUUGAACUUCAUAACGAAGUUCGGAACAAAGUUCGCAACAUUCAGAGAAAAGUUAUGUGAAAUCAACUGUAAAAAGUAAAAUUGAUAGGAUUUGAGGGCACUCCUCCAGAAAAUUUUCAGAUUUUCCAUUCCUGCAGGACAGUAUUUUCGGCAAUUUCUGAUGUGGAUCUUCUUGGAAAUUGCUGUAUUCUUAGGAUUUAUUAUAAAUAAGACAAAUUCCUCCUUAAUUCCUUCUUGACAACAAAAUUUCCUUGCUAUUUCGUUGUAAUGUUUAUUUCCUAGGCAACAAUCACAUUUCCUUGAAAAGGCCAAAUUUUCUUUUUGCAACAAAAUUACAGUCAGUUCAUGAAGCACUUGUUUAAUUCACCCCCCCCCCCCCCCCCACCAAUCAUGCUAUAAUUUCAAAUUUUUAAUUUGCCAAUAGUGAAUAACCCCCACUGCCUCCUGCAGGCUUUUAGCCAGGGUUCUAAAAGAGGGCGUCCAAUUUUGGUACAACGAGACAUCGACAGUAAAGAGCGGGGGGUGGUGAGAAAAUGUCCCUCUGAAAAACCUUUGAAGUUUAUGUUACUUCAUGUCAGUAUCUGUUCCAAGCUUGUUUGAAAUUUUCAAAGCAUUUGGCUUUGUGAGUUUGUGCCGCUAUGCUUCUUUACUUAUAACUACGACAUUUUUAUUCAGCCAGGUACACCAUCAAAUUGAUCAAAAUGUCAAAUGUAUUAUAAUAAUGAGAAUUGAAGCUGUUUCGUUUCAGAUAUAUUAAUAUACUUAGGAAAACAAUUGAAAAUAAUUUCCCUUUUCCCCCAGAAUUUGGGCAUCCAAAGGUGUCCAUUUUUCAUUCUAGGGGCGUCCCAGCCUUUCUGCCUAAAAGCCUGGCCUCCUGUCUCUACAGUAUCUGCAACACCAUAAAUUAAAUGAGUUUUUAUUAACCAGUUAUUUCCUCAUUUGAGUUUCAAUGUUUAAUCAUGUAAUAAAUUAAUAUGAAACUAGAGGGCACUCAGAGACUGCAUACCUCCGCCCGUUACUCUGAAGUGAAACGCAACUUUGGAAUUUCCUAAGAAAUCCACUUUAUAAUUCUUAAGCAUGAAAGAUUUUAGGCCCCCGCGAAUUGAAAUCGAAUUGCUAAUAGAUCAUAUUACUGUUGUUGUACUGUACAGUACUUGAAAAAUAAAAAUUUAUUAAGUGUCAUUAAAUAAAUGCAUAAAUUUUGCUUUAUGCACUCGCGCAGGCAGUAAUUUUCACAGUUGUGCUAUUUUAAAUUCCCAGGCAGCUAAAAUCUUUUGUCUUUAAAACAAUGUCGAUUUCUUGGGAAAUUCCGAGGUUGCGUUUUUUUUAUACACCCUGUAUUGAAGUAAUCUAAUUUGUUAGAAUUUGAAUGGACUGGCACUUUGCUGAACGUAAUAAUGCGUAACUCCGAAAGCCUUGUUUUAGACAUUGAAUUUCGGUCGUGUGAAAUGCAACUAAGACAAUAGAUAAUGAAGGCCGAAGCUUAAUGAGGUUUAUCAUCUCAUUGUCUUCUUAGUACUGCGUGCAUACAUUAUACACGUCCUAAUUACGCAUUCAGUGAGUUUUUUUUAAUUGACCGGGAAAAGCAAGACAAAAUUUUGUUCAUUUCUCGUUCAAUUUUUAACCAAAUUCAACCAAAUUUUAAUCAGUUCUUCCUUAGCCGAUGGGAAAUGCAUUCCAAAAAUUUCGUAUGAAUAUGUUUGGUAUUUCUUGAGUUAUCGUGCUCACAGACAAACACACACACAUACACACACACACACAUACACACACACACACAUACACACACACAUACACACACACACACACACACACACAUACAAACCCAGAUGAUUACAUAACCUCCUGGCGGAGGUAAACAUACAAACCCAGAUGAUUACAUAACCUCCUGGCAGAGGUAAAAACCCAGAUGAUUACAUACCCUCCUGGCGGAGGUAACCAGAUGAUUACAUAACCUCCUGGCCGAGGUAACAAACCCAGAUGAUUACAUAACCUCCUGGCGGAGGUAAUAAUAGGGAUCAGAAUAUAAGUGUUAUUGAAGUUGAUGAUGCUUGUGAUGCUGAUGAAGAGGAAAUACUACCUGAGGCUACCUUCCUGAAUACUCCGAGUGAAACAGACAAUCCAGAGACAAGGGUAAAUACCAAACUAAAACUAUAGAAAUACAUAUUGUACAUGCAUGCAGCAAUAUUCUGUGUGUUGUGACCUCAAAAAAAGAUCUGAAAUAUUUUUGCGGAACUAACACUUUCGACCACGCUGAGUUCAAAUCCGAAAAGUUCUCACAUGAAGUAUUUGAUGAUUAAAAACAAUAGUAGUUGCAAUGCUAACAUGAAAAUAAUAUGGGAAAAUAUUAAACAAUAAGUAUAGGAAAUUAUACAGUUCGAGUAUAGCUGCAGGGGAAACUUAAAAAACUCGUUUUGCUGACAAUAGUUUGCACGGAAAUAGGGUAAAAUAUAUUUGCUUUUGAAAUACGCACAAGCUUUUUGUUAGUUAUAUUUUGGUCAAGCCUCAUUUGUUGCAGGAAAAAUACCAUUGUAAGGGAAUAGUCAUUAAAUACAGUGGAGUUGGAGAAGAAACUGAAAUUUUUAACAAAAUUUUCCAGCCCCCCCACUAUUCUUAUGAAAUUUUUAUGGGACCCCCUCACACAUCUUUAAUUUUUAGGCAGAACCUAAUGGCCAGAGCUUGUUCCCGCGCAUGCGCAUAAUCUACAGUAUAAGACCAUCUAUUACAUAAUGGACGACAACUUUGCACCACUUAGCACUUCACUAUAUUCUCAAAUAUCCGAGUGUAAAUAGCCGAACGGAAUUAGUAACUUUGUCCGGGCCCAACAACGCCCGAACGGCGCUGUUGGCUCGGGGAUGAUAAAUUCAUGCGAAUGGCUUCACAAAACAAUAGUUACAGUGCUUCCUUAGAAUGAUAAUUUCCAUACUUCAUUGUCUUCAUGAACAACCAAUUACUAAGUUUGUUCAUAUAGGUCGGUGGCGAGACUGGCGACCCAGAGUCUACCAAGAUGCAGGACACAGAAGAAAGUGAUGAUUUACUGUAUGCCUCUCUUCUGUUCCAUGAGAUUGAUGCUGAAUAUCUAUCAGACGAAGAUACUGAACUAAUUGAAGAAAAAGUUGAUGAAAAUUCUCCAAACGAUGAUGAAGUUGUUAUGGAUAUUAGUGAUAUUUUACAACAGCUUGCAUCUGCCAACAUCGAAAAUGAAAAAAAUUCCAAAUUCAACAUAUGCCGCAGUAAUAUUUGCGAUGGCAUUUUUAGAGGAAUGACUAGGAAGUCAUUUUCUCCAAACAAAAAGUUUAAAUUUACUGAUGAUGUCGGUCUCUCUGAACGUGCAGUGGAUAUGGGUGGGCCAAGGAGGGAAUUUUUUACUUUAUCCCUUGAAGCAAUAUUAUCAAGCAAACUUUUUUGUGGGCAAGAGCAUUCAAGGUUGUUGUCUUAUGAUGCUAAGGCUCUGAAACAUGACGAGUACGUCAUGGCUGGUCAGUUGAUUUCAAUGGCUCUAGUUCACGCUGGAGUAGCUCCUAGUUGUUUUAGCCCGGUGUUAAUUGAUUCUCUUAUUAAAGGCCAUGCGAAAGUUCAUGUUCCUAUUGAUACUGUGUAUGAUCUGGAGCUGCAGUCGACUCUUAAAAAUUUAAUGUCUGUUGAAUCGGUUGAUGAAGCCAAUAGGUUGAUAGCAGAUAAGAAAUUAGAGGAAAUUCAAGAGCUUUCUGGCACCCUAAGGGUUCUGCGAAGCAUAAGCGAUGUUAAAGAUGUGGUUUGUGAGAUUGCUCACUGGUAUGUCCUUGAUAGGACUAGGGCAGCCUAUGAGAACUUUAAAAGUGGAAUAACAUGCUUAGGUUUGCUUGAUGCUGUUAUUAAGAAUUCCGAUUUGUUGCAAAGAGUGUUUUGUUUCUAUCCACAAGUUUUAAGUUCUGAUUCAUUUGAGUAA